AGUCGUAGGCGGCUUUGCAGUCGCGCACCGUCCUAGCCCACCGCGCGGCUGCGCGAGACCCAGCCGAGGCCUCCUCGCUCUACAAAGGCCCAGCGCCGCCCAGUCCCGCCCGCGCCGCCCCCCACGGCCGCGCGGCGAGGAGAAACUGAGGAGAGGUCAAGGACGCGAAUAUUCGCAGCGCGCGGCCCCGCGCGGCCCCGCCCGCCUCUUGCGAGGCCUAAAUAGCACCGCGGUACACGAGCCGGUUCGCGGACGGCGCGGGACGUAGAUGGCGUCCCUGGUCGCCCCGAGCCCACAGUCCACCGUCUCACGAAAACGCGGUUUUUGUGCCGACAUCUCGCCGAUCGCGGCGCCGACGACGAAACGAACUCGAUUCGACGGCUACGCCCGACUCCGCGGCCUAUUUCCCAUGGUAGACGAUCAAACUAUCCGUACGGUCUUCGACGCCUGCAAGGGCGACAUUGACAGCGCGGUCGCCAGACUAAGCGCGCUCGCGCUCGCCUCCACGGCGGCGCGCACGGCCCCGCCCUCACCGCCCAAAGCUCCCGAGCCGGAGCCCGCGGCCACGAUCGAGACCGCGCGAUCACCCGACGACUGGGUCGGCGCCUUCGUGGCGGAGAUGGCUCGGUCGAGCGACAUUCCCGACGCGCGCCAGCGGGCCGCGCGAGCCCUGCGCGCCUUCGAGUCCUUUGUGAGCGCGCGCUCCGCACGCCAAGCCGACCAGCGGGCGGACCGCCUCGAACGCGAGAAUCAAGUUCUGAAGCGGGCCGUGGCCGUACAGGCUAGGCGACUCGAGGCGACGGACUGCGAGAAGGCAGCGCUGGAGCGCACGGUGUCCGCCCAGGCCGAGCGCCUGCGCCGCGCCGAGCGGACGAAUUACGCGCUCUCCGUGCACCUCCACCGUGCGUCGCCGGGUGGCAUCCCGGACAACCGUCCGCCCGACGUGUACUGACCGAAUUCGCCCCCACAAAUCCCCAAUGUUAUUUAACGCUGCACUUAUAGU